GGGAGCCCUCCGCGGCAAAGCCGCCCUUCCUUUACUUUUGGGAAACGACGUAUCCAUCAAAAACAUUGGAAAAACACGUACCUCUGCACAAAAAAUACAAGCAGUCGCAAUACACAAUAACAAACAACACGUUCCUUCGUUUUCUCAGACCAUCCUUUCCUAAAUCCACGCCAUCAUAUUUUGCCCACAAACCCCCCCCCCCCCUUUCAAUCACUUUUAAGUCUCUCAAACAAAUCAAAAAAAAAGAAAUCAACAAUGCCCCUUUCCUCUGUUUCCUUUAUUCUUUUGGUUGGUUUCAUUUACUUACAGAAACCUAUGAUUAUCUGUUAGUUUUCUUCGUUUUCUUAGGCUUAUAACUUAGAUGAAUGUUCAUUACCAUGGGUUCCUCGAAGUCCUCGAAGAGGAGCAAAUGGUACAUGUGCUUCAAACCGGAUGUCGAUGAUCAUCCGUUCAAGCCCGUUUCGCGUUUAGGAAAAGGAGGGAAGGAAUACUUGCUGCAUCACAGUGAUGUCUUCAUGUCCUUGUCCGACGGGGACAAGUUGGAUUCUUCGUCCGACGAUGGCCAAGAACCCCUGAGUAAGAAGUCGAAGCGUCGCCGGGGAUUCUCUCGUGUUUUCAAAGCCUUCUUGUUUCAAUCACCUUUGGCCAAGAGAAAAGGAAGCAGAAAAUCAGAAAAAGAAGCACCCUGUAGACCUUCAAAAUUCGACAAGUUAUGGAAGUCGUUCCGGGACAAGAAAUCAUCAAUAUCCCUGAAUAAAGAAUCACUAGGCGACAGCCCUCUAUCCGGUUCGGGCAGAUCAAGCUUGUUUUCAUCAUCAACAGCAGCAGCCUCGUCCUCCCUAACAUCUUCGCGUGCUUCCUCCAUCGCUAGCAACUCAAGGUCCGCGUCAGAAAGGAAAAGGUCAAGCUCGUUGGAUUCGUUGCAACUGAAUCAAAAGCCACCAGCAAUGCCCUCCAAGAAAACUAAUGGAUAUUGCAACUCCAACGUGGGGCUUUACUUUCUGCUGAUUUGCUUAGUUGCGUUGAUAUUCUGGGGGAAAGCAUUCGCAGUCUUCUGCACCUCAACGUGCCUGUUCUUGAUUCCUUGCCGGUUCAAAAGGGUUGAUGAUCAGUCGGGUGUAAAUGUAAAUAAUACUAGUGUCGAAGUUAUUGACGUUGACUCCGAGGAGCACAAGAAAAAAGUUAUCAUGGGAGGCCUGCUCCAGAGGAAUAAUCGUAGUGCUUCUCGGGUCCUAUAGCCAUUUGUUAACUUCUCUGUACAAGGAUUAAAAAUUUUGCCUGCAAGUUGGAAUUGGAAAGCGGGAAUGAAGGUGAAAUAACCAUUUGCCUCCGUUCUGUAUAUUUAUCGUGUCCGCUCGUUCUACUUCUACUCAUUUGGUUUCCUUUCAUUAUUUAGUUAGGUAAAUAAAUGUAUACAUAUUUUGAUCAGGCUCAAUUUUGGUGGGACUUUGAUUGAGGAAGUGGUAGGAACAACGUCGGAUUGAUUCCUUUCACUCUUUUAUUUUUUUUUUUUGGGUGUUUUGUCCUCUAACUUUAUGGUAUUUAAGGGGGAUGGACAAAUUCUUCCUCCCUUUUUUGUUU